AAGCAGCAAGACGCCGCCACCCUUGCACAGCGAAUUCAAAGCUGGACCCGGACGAUUGUAGAAGCCCAGGACAACAAUGCAAGAACCCAGGUCGGGCAAAAGAGUAAAGAAGCGAAGGAACUUUCUUGGCAUCCGCCACCGCCAGGUUGGAUUGCUAUCAAUACAGACGGGUCGGUCAAGCAACCAGAUUCCAGAGCAACUGCUGGAGGCCUCCUGCGUGACCUCUUGAGACGUUGUAUAGGAGCGUUUGCCUCUAACUUAGGCUCAUGUACAAUCACGAGAGCGGAAUUGAAAGGUACGAUGCAAGGCCUGCAACUUGCAUGGAGUCAAGGGCAUAGAAGAAUCCAAUUGCGGACUGACUCCACCACGGUUCUCAACAUCCUGUCCUCACUGGAACCGUACAAUGGAAGAUACCAGGGCCUCAUGAGACAGGUUCAGAGACUACUACAGCAAAAUUGGGAGGUUACUAUCUCUCACACGUUUAGGGAAGGCAACAAGUCAGCAGAUUAUCUAGCAAACAAGGGUCACUCUCUUGAUAUAGGUGUUCACGUCAUUGAUAAGCAGGAUUCGGGGCUUAAGUUUUGGCUCCUGUAUGAUACUAUGGGCAUUGCCCAAACUCGUUUAAUUUAA